CCCUAGAUGUUUCCUUUCAAGAUGAUUUGUAAAGCAUAUGGAACAGUUAAUCAAAAGCAAGGUGGUGUGAUUGAAAAAUAAACUACAAAGAAAACACAUCUACCAAUGUUAAAGUUCCAUCUGCCGAAAUGGUGAUUCGUGGCAUGUGGGUGUGUAAGGUCCGUUUGGUGAAACAUUCUGGUCUGACCCCAAUACUAUGCCUGCUGACCUGCGUCUGCUUCCUUGCUGUUUUCUUCAUUGACUAUUUAGAAGAAUGGGCCACUUGUUUUGGAAUGAGUGGGAUAAGUGGUUCCCAUGUAGGGUUGCCCCCUCAGAGCAUGCCCCCUACACGCCCAGAGGAAUUUCUCCACAUGCCGAGCCGCCUUGUGUGUCAGCGCGCGAAACCCUACAUGAUCACUUUGGUGACCUCGGCCCCUGGUAACCAGAAGGCUCGGCAGGCCGUUCGUGACACGUGGGGCGGGGAAGUGCAAGUCCGUGGGCAUAGGGUGAUGACUUUGUUCAUGCUGGGGCAGACGUCAGACCCUGUUCUGACUAAAGAACUGGCAGAGGAGGCACAGGAGCAUGGGGACUUGGUGCAGGGUCGCUUUUUGGACACUUACGCCAACCUGACCUUGAAGACUUUGUCCAUGCUUGCUUGGGCACGCCGCUUUUGCCCUGAAGCUCACUUCGUGGCGAAAGUAGACGACGAUGUCAUGUUCAAUCCUAAUGCGCUGCUGCAUUAUAUUGACCUCAAAUGGGGGGCACCGGAGAGUGAGCUUGCCGAACUCUACAUUGGCCGCGUUCACAUGAAGGUGGUCCCGGACCGCGAUCCAGUCAGCAAGCACUUCCUUUCUGAGGAUGCUUUCGGAGGUACGACCUUCCCCGACUACUGCAGUGGGACCGCUUAUGUACUUUCACGACCUGCUCUUCUUAAGCUCUCGCUGGUGGCUUCUGCAGCACCGUUACCUAAGCCCCUACCCCCUGAAGAUGUGUUUGUGGGUCUGUGUGCCCACACAGCAGGCAUAGUACCCACCCACUGUCCGUACUUCUCCGGAGGACCGUCAGUCCCCUUCGCACCCUGCUGUUACCAGGGUAUGGUGUCGGUCCACCAUAUUAAACCUGAAGAAAUGCUGCACUACUGGACAGACAUGCAAUACGCUGCACCUUGUUCGUGGCUGCGGGUCAGAACCUCGCUUGGUAUUUGCAAGCUCAGAGCACUCUUGAGACACUUUUUGUGGUCUGGAUUAUAAUGCAAACUGGGGGAACCAAUAAAUAUGUGCACUUUUUUUAUACACAUUAAGCAGAAAUAGGGCGUACUAGUGGAUUAUUGUUAUGAAGCUUUAUUUUUAUGUGCUGAUUAUGAUAUACUUGAUUUUGUGAUAUUUUUCCACUCCCUGCACUGUCCAUUGAUGAGAAAUUGUGUAAUGUGAAUAUUGUGCUAUCUACUGAGCUGUAAAUAGUAAAAGUUAAUUUAUACUAUACUGUAAGUAAAUAUACUGUACAGUAAAUGCACUGCAUGUAAAAUAUAGCAGCGAAAAUGACUUAAUACACUAUAUGUCCACAAAUUAUUGAGUUUUUUUGGCACAUCCAUUGCAAACAAUUGUAUAACAUACUGUAUAAGAUAAAUUAUAUGCCAACUUUUGGCCAGAGUGCGAAUUAUACUGUGAUUGUUGGGGGAGGGGUCAACUCUGUCCAUCCACCCACCCAUCCAUCCACCCUUCCAUUCAUCCAUCCAUCCAUCCAUCCACCCUUCCACCCACCCAUUGUACUGUACACAUGUAUAAAUCACAAAUAAAGACAUUCUUCUUCUGUUGGGACACUUGAGAAUGAGCUUGAUGGACAACAACAUAUAAUAGAGCCGUCAACAACAACGUGUCCAGAAUUUUAAUGAUGAAGACAUUAGACCGAAUGCUGGAAGUUAUCGAUUUCAUACAGUCAUGGUCAAA